AGCACGUCAGCCCCGGCCUCGCUGUCUCUCUGCCCCUCGGCCACGAGACGUCAUUUUCCCUCGCUGCAUCCUUCUUUCAUAUCCAUCCCGACGACCACGCGAAUUCUCGACAAGAUCACGCCCCUCCCUCGCUCUCUCCCUCUUCCUCUCCCUCUCCCACUCCCCUCUCUUCACGGCUUCCGCACGGCUGCUCCAGCUCCGACCAUCGCUGGUGCCCGUCAUGGAGUCCAUCGCGCGAAUAUCCAGUCUGCUUGAGAGCGCCCGAGAGCUUACCCUUGAUGCUGCCUCGGCGACGCGCAGCUCCCGCAGCACCGGUCGCCCUCUCGAUCGUACGCAGAUUAAAAAGCUGUUGGACAGUCGAAAUGACCGCGAGGUGCUUGACGGCCUUCGCCGCGUCCUCUCGAUGAUGUAUCGCGGCCAGAAGACGCUGCCCUUCUUCUCCUCGGUCGUCAAGAAUGUCGCAUCGCCCAAUAUCGAGAUCAAGAAGCUUGUCUACAUCUACCUCAUCCACCAUGCCGAGCAGGAGCCCGACCUCGCCCUCCUCUCUAUCAACACCAUCCAGAAAUCACUCUCCGACACAAACCCCCAAGUCCGCGCCCUUGCCCUCAAGACCAUGUCCGGUAUCCGGGUCCCUGUCAUCAGCCAGAUUGUGUCUCUCGCGAUCAAGAAGGGCGUCGCCGACAUGAGUCCCUACGUGCGACGGGCUGCCGCCCUCUCCAUCCCCAAGUGCUACCGCCUCGACCCAACACAGCUGCCUCAACUCCUCGAAUACCUGACCGCUCUCCUCGGCGACAAGCAGUACUUCGUCGCCGGUGCCGCGGUAUCGGCCUUCCUCGAGGUGUGUCCCGAUCGCAUCGACUUGAUACACCCGCAGUACCGCGCUUUGGUCAAGAAGGUUGUCGACAUGGAUGAGUGGAGUCAAUUGGCGACGCUGCGCAUGAUGACAUAUUAUGCGAGGAAAUGCUUCCCGAGACGGACGCGCAGUGUCAAGAGUCACGAAAAGACAGCCGAUCUGGGUGGCUUUUACGGUGACACUGCACAGGAAACAGGUGAGGAGCAGCAGGUGGUCGUCGUGGACCCGGACCUGGCUCUGCUGCUGAACGGUAUCAAGCCGCUCCUCCAAAGCCGCAACUCGGCCGUCGUUAUCGCCGUCACGAGGUGCUACGUCGACAUCGGCACGCCCGAGUACGUCAAGACUGCCAUCGGCCCUCUCGUCGCAUUACUCAGAGGGCCUCAAGACAUCCAGCAGGUUGCACUCUACAACAUCGUCUCAGUUUGCCUUACGAGGCCGGGCGACUUUGCCAAGUACGCCAGCCACUUUCUCGUCAGAGCUACGGACCCUGCACAAGUAUGGGAGCUGAAGUUGGAGAUCCUGACGCUCAUUUUCCCCCACGCCCCGCCUUACGUCAAGAGCCUCAUUUUGAACGAGCUCGAGCACUUUUCUGGCUCAACCAACAAGGCGCUCGUCAGGGAAGCAGUGCGCGCCAUCGGACGAUGCGCCCAGACGGACUCGUCCACGGCCCCGAGGUGUCUGCGGCUGCUCCUAGGACAAAUCACGAGUCUGGACGGAACGUUGGCGGCCGAGUCACUGACGGUCAUCCGACAUCUGAUCCAGCAAGACCCCCAGGGACACGUUGCGACAGUCGUCCGGCUCGCCAAGAACCUCGACUCAGCAACCGACCCGCAUGCGAGGGCAACCAUCAUCUGGCUGGUGGGCGAAUUUUCAGGCCUCGAAGGCGAGGACAACAUCGCAGCGGAUGUGCUGCGAAUCCUCCUCAAGGACUUUGUGAACGAAGCAGAGGUGGCCAAGGGGCAGAUCCUCCUCCUCGCCGCCAAGGUCUACCUUCACCACGUGAACCGCCAGAGCGAAAAUAAGGGGGAAGACGAAGCGGCGGUGCCCAGUCAGGACGACCACCCCGUCGCGAAGCUCUGGGAUUAUGCCUUGUUGCUGGUCCGUUACGACACGUCAUACGACCUGCGCGACCGAGCACGGAUGUACCGAGCUCUCCUUUCUGUGCCCCAGCUGGCGACGUUGAUGUUGCUAGCACCGAAGCCAGCACCCCAGGCUCCCAGCCCAUCCGAGACUCGCAAGGGCUUCAUGCUCGGCUCUUCGACGCUCGUAUUGGCGGGCGGAGGUGGCGUCCACGGCCUGCGCGGCUACGAGGGUCUUCCCAACUGGGUAGCGGAGGGAUCGGAACCGAAUCCGCGGCUGCGAGAAACGGAGACGCCCUCGGCGUACGGAGAAGAGAAGAGCGUGCCGGCCAGUCAAAUGCUCGACAGCGCUGUCAGAGCCGGGCCGACAAAGACCAACGGCCUCGGGGCUGUUGUUGGUGCCGGUGCGGGAGCCGGCGUUGGUGUCAAGACGCUCGACGACUGGCUUGCAGAGGAAGAAAAAGAGGAGCAGCAAGAAGCGUUCAAGAUGGACGAUGACGACGACGACGACGACGAAGAAGAGUCCGAGGAAGAGACGGACGCUGAGGAUGACGACGAGGAUGAGGAUGAUGAGGAAGACGAAGAAGACGAAGAAGAAGAGAGCAGCGACGAUGAUACUAACUAGGCGAAUCGUCGUAUACUCGCAGAAAAACUGCGCUCAUGAUGCAAAUCAAAAAAAGCACACAUUCUUACCAAACCUACCUAAUCCGAUGACAUAUCGUAAUCAUCGCGAACCAGCCAUCCCGGUGAUGCUUACGUCUGACACACCGUCCGCCCGCUGCCAUGUCUUCCCGCACUUCAACCCUGAGUCAGAAGAAGCAUGGAGGUGCGUAGAUGCCAACGCGGUCUCUCAAGAUAGGCAUCACUUGACGCGGGAUGUAGUGACACCAAAGAUGGACCCGAAAAACCGAAUGCAACAAUCGAUUAGCGAAAUUGCAUCAAAGGCGGCUAUGCUUCACAACUCGGUGAGAUAGGUUGCUCCGACAGUCUGGGCGCAGAGUCGCAAAUCCUACGACACGCACCGGAAUGGCACUCCGGCCGCUUUGCCGUUCUAUGUUGUUCCUAUCAGUUGCCACGCGGAGAGCAGGCAUGUCAUGUACGUAGUGGAUGUGUGUACAGCGGAGAGGCGCUGUAGUGGUCAAGCGAUAUCCGAGAGACCCGAGGCCGCCUUAUCCCCUCCACUGCGCCCCUCUCGGGUUCGUCUGAUGGGCAAAGGCGACUCACAGCCAGUGACGACCCUCCAUAUCCUUGUCGAUUUCUCGGUUCGAGGCUCGGGUGGCGCUCCAGUAGCAUCGCUUAGCCCGUGUUAUUCGGGUCAGAUUUGGAGAGUCUUCCCCGUCGAGCGGGUUCGGUUAAUCGGGGCCAAGGCGCUAGAACGAUGCUAAGAUUCGGGUGUCGGAGCGUGUUGGCUGUGAGAAUCGAAUCCCCACCCACCUUCAAUGGAUAUUUUGACUGUUGACUUGACUUGACUUGACUCUUGACUCUGAGCUCUUGAAGGCCAUGCUCUUUUGCUCGUUCCUCUUGUCUACUUCCAGAGGGCUGGCCAACAAAGAUACUCUCACGGGUUUAGAGGUCGAGGGUUCCCGCAGCUGUUGCUUGUCAAACUGCUCACUCGCUUGAGGCUCAAGUCACGCAACGAAGAGAUUAGAUACAAACACACGAAUACACUACCCAACGUCCACUAGGCCCAUACGCGGUACGGUUAUUGCGCACUGCUUUCCACUUCCAG